AUGACACAGAGAUACCAAGAUGGUAUGGCCAUUGUUCUUAACAAUGGUAAACCAGACAUAUUCCUUACAAUGACAUGCAAUCCUUCUUGGAUUGAGAUAACUUCCGAACUAGGCCUCCAUCAAACCCCACAAGAUCGACCUGAUUUGUUGACAAGAAUUUUUCGAUCAAAAUUUGAGCAGUUGAAGGAUGAUGUCAUUAACAAAGGAGUCUUAGGGAGGGUUAAAAGUUAUAUGUAUGUAACCGAAUUUCAGAAAUGUGGACUACCACAUGUGCAUAUGCUACUCAUCUUGGAUACUGAUGACAAGUUACGGGAACCUGAAGAGUAUGAUAGUAUGGUGAAAGCAGAAAUACCACGACAUGAAUCUGAACCAGAAUUAUAUGAAGCUGUGUUAAAACACAUGAUCCACGGGUCAUGUGGAGUAUUGAAUCAAAGCUCUCCGUGUAUGAAGAAUGGUCAUUGUAAAAAAAGAUACCCAAAAGACUUUUGUGAAGAGACGCGUCAGGGAAAUGACUCAUAUCCUGAGUACAUGAGAAGGUUUAGUGAUCCCAUUUUUUUAAAUAGAAAUAAGUCUGUUGAUAAUAGAUGGGUGGUUCCUUAUAAUCCAUGGUUGUUGUUGAAGUACGAUUGUCACAUCAAUGUUGAGAUUUGCAGCAACAUCAAAAGUAUUAAAUAUUUGUAUAAAUAUGUUUACAAAGGUCCUGAUCGAGUUGCAAUGGAGGUUCACAGAGGUACAGGUAUGGAUGAGAUUCAACAAUAUGUUGAUACAAGAUGGAUUUGUGCUCCAGAGGCAUUGUGGAAAAUAUUUAAAUUCACACUUUACAAGUUAUACCCCUCUGUUGAAAGACUACAAAUCCACUUGCCAAAUCAUCAUCAAGUGCGGUUCUAUAAGCAUCAAAGAAUCACAGAUGUACUAAAUGAUAACCAAAAUGCAGUAACCAUGCUCACUGAGUUCUUUGCACUAAACCAAAUGGAUCCAGAUGCUAGGAAUUAUUUGUACAGAGAGAUUCCAGAGCAUUAUUGUUGGCUAAAAGGGGUCAAAAAAUGGCAGCGAAGACGGACAAAACGAAAAGUUAUUGGUCGAAUCUAUACAGUAUCUCCUUCAGAAGGUGAGAAAUUUUAUUUACGUGUUUUGUUGUCUCAUUUAAGAGGUCCAACAAGCUGGGAAUGCCUUCUUACACAUAAUGGUGCAUGUUUUUUCACGUUCAAAAAAGAAGCUGAGGAUUGGGGGUUAUUAGAGAGUGACAAUAGUAUUCGUGAAUGUAUGCUUGAAGCAUCAAAUAUGCGCAUGCCAUAUGCUUUACGAAGGUUGUUUGUGACUAUAUUAAUUUUUUGUGAACCAACUGAUGUUAGAGGCCUAUUUAAUGAGUUUCAUCCCUACAUGGUGGAGGAUUAUCAAAUGACAAAUAUUGUUGUGGGAAAUAACUUUGAAGAUAUGUUAUUGAGGGAAUUGAGAGAUCUUUUGCUGCUACAUGGAAAACUAAUCAAAAACUAUGAUCUUCCAAUAUUGACAAUGGAAACAAAUGAAGUCGGGGGAGUGCCAACAAUUAUUCAAGAAGAGUUGUCGGUCCAAAUUCCAGAUGAAGACAUUCAAUCAGUUGGGAAGUUAAAUAAUGACCAGAUGAGUGCUUACAAUAUAAUUAUGGACGCCAUCCACCAAAAACAAAGUCAAUUUUUUGUUGUUGAUGGUCCUGGAGGAACAGGUAAAACUUUCCUUUAUCGAACUAUAAUGGCAAAUUUGAGACAUAAUAGUCAAAUUGUCUUAGCAACAACUUCCUCAGGUAUAGCUGCUACAUUAUUACCUGGUGGUAGAACUGCACACUCUCGAUUUGGGAUCUCCAUUGAUAUAAAGCCCAUUUCUAUUUGCAAAAUAACAAAGAAUUGUGACCUUGCAAAACUCAUUAGAAUAACCAAUGCAAUCAUUUGGGAUGAAGCACCCAUGAUAAGUAGAUAUUGUGUGGAAGCAUUAGAUCGAUCACUGCAAGAUAUUAUGAAUAUCAAUGCUCCAUUUGGUGGAAAAAUAAUGAUCAUGGGAGGAGAUUUUCGCCAGGUGCUUCAUGUUAUUGAAAAAGGAAGUAGAGGACAAAUGAUUUCAGCGUGUAUUGUUAGGUCUCAAUUAUGGGCCACCACAAAGAUCCUACACUUGCGCCAAAAUAUGCGAUCAAUUCAUGACCACGAGUUUGCACAGUUUUUAAUAAGGAUUGGAGAUGGCAAUGAACCCGCUAAAGAGGAUGACAUGGUCAAGAUGUCUGUUGAAAUUGUAAUACCAUGGGAAGAAGAAAGCUCCAUAAAAAAGCUUAUACAACAUACAUUUCCCCAAUUAGAAAACCAUGGAUGGGAUGCUUCAUAUAUGGUGGAGAGAGCCAUACUUACUCUAAAAAAUUGUGAUGUACAUAUGUUGAAUGACAUGAUUAUUAAUAAGUUCCCUGGAGAUGAACAUAUUUUGUUAUCUUUUGAUGAGGUUGAGGGUGAUACUCAUAAUCUAUAUCAACAGGAAUACUUACACACAAUUGCUCCUGGUACUUUACCACCACAUAUUUUAAAGAUAAAAAUAGGGGCUCCUCUGAUGUUAUUGCGUAACAUAGACCCUAAAUUUGGGUUGUGUAAUGGGACAAGAUUGUUAUGUCGUGGUUUUUUUAUGAAUUUGCUUGAUGUUGAAAUACUUACAGGCCACAACGCUGGAAAAAGAGCUUUCUUGCCAAGAAUUAAGCUCAAAACCACUGCUGGUGCAGGACUUCCUUUUGUGCUUAUUAGAAAACAGUUUCCUGUCAAACUAAGUUUUGCAAUCACUAUAAAUAAAUCACAAGGACAAACAAUUCCAAAUGUCGGAAUUUAUCUUCCACGACAUGUUUUCAGUCACGGACAAUUGUAUGUUGCUUUAUCAAAAGGUGUUUCGCGGGCUGCAACAAGAGUGCUAAUUAAAGACGGAAAAGUAGAGGGGGAAGAAGGGGAUUUUACCAAAAAUAUAGUUUUUAAAGAAAUUUUGUUGUCACAACCUCAGGUAUUUAUCCAUUAUGUUUAA